UUCAUAUAUAUUUUCUACUGAACAAUUAAUUUAUGAUUAAAGAAAAUAAUUGUCUUGUUGAUAUUCAGUGGUGCAGUUUUAGGAUUAAUCAGAUAAUGUGUAGACCCGGAUGACAUGUAGGUAACCCGGGGGCCUCUGGGGACCGGACAAAAUGUUCUCACCUUUAAGGUCUAAAACUCAAAAGGAUAGUGAACACACACACACACACAGACACACAGACACACACACACACACACACACACACACACACACACACACACACACACACACACACACACACACACACACACCUCCUUCUCUCCCCUCUCGCUCUCAGAGUUGUUCAGACUUGAGGGAGGAAUGGCGGCCCCUCGGAGUUUCUUCAUCUCUCUCUCCGGGUUGUUUCUGCUUUUCUGUCUCUCUGGUGGAUCUACGACUUCAGGCAACAAGAGAUCCAACCAGGAGCGAUGCGGGUUCAAGGUGCAGUCUGGUGCAGAUGGAGGUCGCAGGUUGUCCGUCACCUUCAGAGCUGACAACUGUUCAUUAAACUACCCACUGGGGAAACAUGUGAUCCAUGAAGUCACCAAUGUCUCCUUCAGCCACCUGGCCUGUGAGGACCAGGCCGCCGUGGUCGUCCACUGGUCUGCAAGUCCACUAGGGAUCGAACACAUUAAAGGCUUCAGAGUUUAUCUGGAGGACAAGAAUCCAGAGGGGAAACAGUGUCAACACCUCAUCCUCAAGGACCCGAGGCAGCUCAACUUCUCCUACAGGAACACGAAGCUGAGCAGUCAGCCGUUCAGCGGUUUGACCUUUGACACCGACUACAUGGUUCGUGUUGUUCCUUUCCCGACUCUGAUGAACGAGAGUUUCUUCCCUCCGUCCUUCCUCCGGACCAACUCGUGUGAAGUCCUCCUGGGAUCAGACAACCUGGUUUGCAAACCAUUCUGGAAGCCAAAGACCUUGAACGUGUCCCAGCUGGGCUCAAACCUCCACGUGGCGUUCGACCAGGCUCCGGCCUCCUUCGGCUUCCACUUCUACUACCUGUACUACAAACUGCGGCAGGACGGACCGUUCAGGCUGCAGCGCUGCAAACCAGACGUGAACCAGCCCAGAACUACAUGUAUCCUCCAGGACGUCACUCCAGGGACCUACACCGUAGAGCUGAGAGACGACUGUAACACGACCAGGAGGCAGACGCAGUACCACGUCAGCCAGGUCCACUCCCCCUGGGCGGGUCCUAUCCGCGCCAUGGCCAUCACAGUGCCUCUGGUCAUCAUGUCGGCCUUCGCCACUCUCUUCACCGUCAUGUGUCGUAAGAAGCAGCAAGAAAACAUCUACAGCCAGCUGGAUGAGGAGAGCAGCGAGUCCUCCAAUCACAGUGCAGCGUUGAACACGGAGCGCCCGUGGCCUCGUCCCAAAGUCUUCAUCUGUUACUCCAACAGAGACUGUCCCAAACACACCAGCGUCAUCCAGAGCUUCGCCUACUUCCUGCAGGACUUCUGCAACUGCGAGGUUGUGUUGGAUCUGUGGGAACAUCUGGAGACGUGCAAAGAGGGUCAGAUGUCGUGGCUAAGCAGACAGCUGGACGAAGCCAACUUCAUCAUCACCGUCUGUUCCAGAGGCCUACGCUACUAUGUGGAGAAGAAGAGUCGCAGAGGAAAGACACCAGUCAGUCGCCGUGGUAACAGCAGCAGCAGCAGCUCUCCGAUCGGUGGAUCCGGCAGUGACCUGUUCAUAGUGGCCGUGGCCAUGAUCGCUGAAAAGCUGCGGCUGGUUAAGCAGAGCGAGGGGGGCGGGGCUCAGGAGCUGAACCGCUUCAUGACGGUUUACUUCGACUAUUCAACAGAGAACGACAUCCCCACCAUGUUGAGUCUGGCUCCAAGGUUCAAGUUGAUGGACCAGCUGCCUCAGCUGUUCAGUCGGCUCCACUCCAGUCAGUCCAGUUUAGCUGACCGUGAGCAGCAGCCUCUCAACGUCUCCAGGAGGAACUACUUCAGGAGUAAGUCUGGACGCUCGCUCUACGUUUCCAUCUGCAACAUGCACCAACACAUCAGCCAGAACCCCGACUGGUUCGACAAGCAGCUGCCUCCUGCAGCAGGUUCCUCCGCCUCCUCCGGCUCCUCUUCCAAACAUUCUCCUCUCCCGGCUGUACGGGCUCCCAGCACUCCUCCAAAGCCUCCCUGCGUCUCCUCCUCCGCUCAGCCCGAGCAGAGGUUUGACUCCGGCUUGGUGCUGAAUGAGGUGGUGGUGAGGACGCCGUUGCUGGAGGGCGGGAAUGGAGUCCCAAAGAGGAACAUGCUCCUGCUGGGCCCCGGCUCCAAUCCCAGCCUCAAUCUUGGGCACGGCCACAGCCACAGUCCCAGUCCCAGUCCUGGUCCCUGUCCCAGUCCUGGUGUCUGUCCCAGUCCUGGUGUCUGUCCCAGUCCAGGCCUGCCACACUGUUCUCUGUCGAUGCUGGGACACACGUCAAGGUCCACUUCUGGAAUAUCUGAACUUUUACCUGAAGAACCUUCUUCCUCCUCCUCCUCCUCCUCAUCUGCUCCCUCCAUCCUCCAGGAUGGGAUGUGCCCUCCUCCCGCCCAGGCAGAAGAAGGCCGUCCCUCCCCUCCAGAGGUCCCACCUCCUCGUGAUUCGGGCAUCUAUGAUUCAUCUGUCCCUUCCUCGGAGCUUUCCAUCCCCCUAAUGGAGGGACUGUCACAUGACCAGGCUGACUCCUCCUCCCUGGCUGACAGCGAAUCAUCUUCUUCGGGGCUGGGUGAUGAAGAGCCACCUGUUGUCACGUCGCUCCACUGCAGCACUGCCACAGUCUGUAAAGCUGAGCUGCACCAUCACCACCACCUGGAGCACAGUGACGGACACGCUCCUGUAGCUUCAUUGUAGGAGACACCUCCAGCCAAUCAAAAGAGGACUAGCCCCGUGAUGUCAUCACAGGGCCAAAUAUGUUUUGGUUGUAGACCUGAAUCCUUUCUCAGCAGUGCCAUCAUCUGAUCACCGUGGAAAUAAAACUGGAAUCAUUAAAAGGCAUUAGAGUGAGUCACCUGUGGAAAUGACCGAGUUCUUGAAUGCUGGUCCGUGGUAACUAUGGUAACCACUGACUUAGAGAACACUAGUCACUGGUGACUGUUGUAACUGUUAUGUUCUAGAACACUAGUCCUUGGUAACUAUGGUAACCAUUACUUUCUAGAACAUUGAUAGGUACGAUAACUAUGGUAAUCGCUGCAUCAAGAAAAUCAGUCCCUAGUAGCUAUGGUAACCAGUGAGUUUUAGAACACUAGUCCUUGGUAACUAUGGUCACCAAUGCAUUUCUAGAACACUGGCCCCUGGUAACUGUGGUAAUCACUGGGUUGCACAGCAUUAUUCCCUGGUAUCUAUGGUAACCACUACAUUCUAGAACAAUAAUCCAAGUAACUAUGGUAAUCACUGAGUUCUAGAACAUUGAUAACUACGCUAACCUUGGUAACCACUGAGGGCUGGAACACAAGAAGGACCGGGUCUCCAGAUGCUGGCGGAGCAGACCCAUUCAAACCAAAGACUGCCUCAGCACUGCGUCUUGAGUGAUUGACAGCUGACUCGUGUACGAGUUGAUGUUUGGUACCAAAACAUGAUGCGGAAACACUGUUUGUUCAGGCACUUUUUGAUACAGAAACACAGGAAAACACAGCUCCACAAAUGUUCAGAUUUUCCAUGGCAACAACAUCCAAUGGGAUCAAAGCAGCUUGUGAAUUUCUGGUAUCCACAAAGAUUUUUAACAGAAGCUGCUGAAUGUAUCAACACCUUAAGGACAUUGAUAAUGAGGAUGUCUUUUGUAUUAUUCUCAAUAUGUUGGACCAAAAGCAAGUAAACAUUAAUACUUUGGGGAAAAUCACAUAUUCAUUAGUGAACGAUGCUGUUUUUUUCAUUUAAUGUGCCUUUUUGUUUUAGGAGGAGCAUUUUUCAUUAGAAAGUGGAAUUCCCCUGAAACAGUUGGUACUAGAACAUUUUAUAAAUCUUCAUUUUUAUGAGCGCUGUAUUUCCUCUGUGAUAUGUUUUAACACGUACCUUAUUUUAAAAUGUUUUCAACAUAGAAAUGUAGUAACAGGAUGACCACCUAAUCACAAAUCAUUAAACUGUCAAAGAACUUUGAUAAACUGUCAAAAAUGUACUAAAACCUGCUAAUGUGAUAUAACAUGGUGGACGAGUUGUGUGAAUUACAUGUUGGAUUGAAAUUUAGUUUUAUGAAUUUUAUUUUCUUUGCAUUUUAAUUCACAAAUUCAGAAUCUAUAACUCAAACUCAUUUGGCUGGUGGCGCCACCUCUACACCAUAAUAUAUUGAAAACUGUGGUUGCUUUGUGAAGCUUAUGGUUACAUAUAUAAGAAUUGAAUAUUAAUGUUGCAUUUAUAGUUAUAUAUUUCUUAAUGCUUUGUAAUCAUUUUGAACAUUGUUGCAGGGAGCAGCAAGGAUGAGGGCAUUAUAAAACUAAACCACUUUAUAAACGCCACAAUGGAAGCCCAUUCCUGCCAAGACGAGAAAUAAAUGCAUGAAAAAGUAAAUAAAAAUAUUUACAGUCAAAAUUCUGAGAUAGUAUGUCAUAAUUUUGAUUUAAAAAGCAAAAAACGGUUAGCUUUUAUCUCAUCAUUGUGUCUGAUUCAUUAUUUUUGAAUUGUGAAUAUGAUCAUUUCUUUUCCUCCUGGUGGAAAUGGGCGUCUGUGCGUCUUUUGUUAUUGAUCUUGAUCUGAAGGACACUACGACUUUCAGUUAUUGAUUCUUUCAUGAUCAGCAGCUGCAGUCACGUUGUCCUCCCCUGGACCGGACCAUGGGUUAAAGUUUUAUAAAGUAUUUUUAUUUUCUGACACAAAUGUUGUGGUUGCUGCUGAAAGCAGAGUGACAACUUCUCUGCAGGUCUGAGUUUAUUGGAAGGGAAGAUUCGGCAUUUCCAACUUUGUAAAUAUUAUUUUUAUAAUUUCACUUUUUCUUGGAAAUGUCUGUUUUGUUUCAGUUUUUGUAUAGUUAGACUGUUAUUUUCCUAUUUUUCUACAUUUAUUUUUUAGAAAUGUACUGUUUUAUAGUACCUUAAUGUAGGAAAUAAAUAAUUCCAUCUAAUAAAAUGUUUCUCUUUU